GUCCGAGACGGACGUGUUUGUAAUAUAUUUAAUAAGCCAUAUUCUCGUCGACAAUCAAUUAACAUAAGCAAUUUGUUUCUUUGUGUAUUUGUGACGUUAAAAAAAUUAGUGUUAUUUUAAUCUGUGGAAUAUUUUAAACAUCACACGGAUACAGAAAAUGUUAAGAUGCUUCGUAUUAUCUACGUCAUCUUUCUCAUUGUGCUUAUAUCUGACGUGAAGAGUCAAUUUUAUGAUUUCUUCUCAGCCUUCCAGCCCUUGCACUCAACCCUACGACCUUUUCAAUUCGACAUUACAACAAAGAGGUCGAGAACAGAUCAACGAACGUCCAUCAAACACAGCCCCGCUAGAAUAGCUGAAAAUUCAAGAACAGCCUCCCCUUUCAAGAUCGAUGAGUCGGACAGAGAUGGCGAUAAACAAAAGCAUAAACAGAACACGCAAACUGUAUUCGGAGACACACACGUGACAACUGUAAGACCAUUAAAAAAAACAACAACACAUUCUAGUCAAAACUACGAUAGCAAUGCGAACACAAGAGAAACUUCAAAAAAUAAAACAUCAAAAGAGCGGGUGGUAAGUGUUUCUAAAGCUAAUAAGAGAGUACCAGCUAUUGACACCUCUAGAACAGCUAAUUCAAGAUCACACAAUGAAGCGCUUGAAGCUGCUAGAAAUACAUUCAAUGACAGAUUAAUAUUCGACGAUGGAAAGAGGAACACAAUUAUAAACUACGAGUCGUCACGACAAGGUUACACGACGAAACCUUACCAAGAAUACGAAGCCAAGAAAUACCCAAACGCUUACCAGAACACCCAAUAUCCAUUCACGAUCCGACCAGGCGUUAAGCCAGCCGUGGUGAAUGGCCCACCAAUCACGAAUAAACCACCAACACAGAGACCAAGCUAUGAACCUCACUCUUCACAAGAAGACACGACAAUUAGCCCUGAACUAAUAAUUGGUCCAAAUGAAGAUUACAUGAGCACCGUUGAAAAGAAACGGUAUAUCGAAUUGGCAGAGAAAAUGUGCGAUAAAUAUAAAGCGCUGGAUAUAAAGCAGAUUCAAGCGAUACCGUUGGUGCCAUCGCCGCAUGCCGUGAAUAUAAACGUGUCAUCGUGUACACCGAACACCGUGCCACUGGUGGUGGGUGGUAAGGUGGUAACCGUGAAGGAGUUUCCGCAUAUGGCGCUACUAGGAUGGCCCAAAUUACGGCUCGGUGGUUAUUCGUGGAAAUGUGGCGGGUCGUUGGUUAGCAGCCGGUACGUGUUGACGGCGGCACACUGCGUCUACCAGGAACGGGACAACGACGUCGUAUCAGGCGCUCCAAGGGCUGUGCAAUUGGGCUCGUCGUAUCUGGACGAUCCCACCGCGGUGAUAAUCAAAGUGGCCGCUGUCAUUCGACAUCCGAAAUACAAGCUGCCGAAAUCAUACUAUGACCUCGCGAUUGUCAAAAUGACGUCCACUGUAACGUUCUCAAACGUUAUCAGACCAGCUUGCUUGGGGAUACCUCCAUCACCUGGUAACCCCAUUAUCGCGAGUGGCUGGGGUAGAACUGAAUUUGGCGGAGACCAGUCUCACGAACUGCGCAGCGUUUCCAUUCCGGUCUGGGAGAUGUCAGAAUGCUACAAGGUUUUGGGUACAUCCAGGAAGAUUCCGAACGGACCCUCGAGCGACAGCCAGAUAUGCGCUGGGGAGAAGAGAGGGGGCAAGGAUACUUGUCAGGGCGAUUCAGGUGGUCCAGCUCAAAUCCAAGACGGCUGCAUAUGGCGCGUCGUGGCUGUCACGUCUCUGGGUCGAUCUUGCGGCGCACCGCACACCCCCGCUCUUUACGCUCUUGUACAAAGAGCGUUCGUAUCAGCCGUGGUUUUCGGUGACCAGAUCAAAAAUAAACCACAAACAACGAACAACAAUCAACAAAACAAUAACAACAAUCAGUGGAAUAAUAUACAAUGGAACGGUGAACAACAAACGAAUACAGAACGAAACAGUAAUCAACAAAAUACGGGACAAUUUAGUAAUGAUCGUAGAUAUGAAAACAACGGUGAUGUAUAUCAGUCGAAUAAUGGCAGAAAUCAACAAAGCGACGGCUAUCAACAAAACUCGAACAGGCAAUACAAUAACAACAAAGGCACAACAAUACGAACAGUUUACAACAGGCCUGAGAAUUAUUACAAUGAUUACGGUGACGAUCGGAUACCGGAUUACCAAGCGGAUGGUAAUCCAUAUCACAGUGGUGGUAGAGUGUGGUGGACGUAAUAUUUGUGUGUGUGUGUGUUUAUUGAACAAGACUUGAGUGUUAUGAAAUCGUAACUAUAUUUUAUGAACUUUUGAGGUUAUAAUGUAUAUCAUAAUAAUAGACUUUUUAUAUGUAUUGUAAUUAAGAUAAACGAGAUAUAUAGAUUUAUUUGGUGAGACUGUGCCCACCCAGCUACCACCCAUUUUUUAUGUAAUCUGAAUGGUAAGUGUAAAAAACACAAGGGACAAAACAUUUUAAUUAUUGCUUGACGCAUUGUCGUUGUUGGUGCCAAUGUUGGUGGUCGAUGGUGACCACUUACUAAGAGUUGGCCAAAAUUAUGUUUAAAUAAUAAAAUUGUAUUUCUAUUUUUGUAAGUAAAUGACUUAGUUGUAUGAAA